UUUCUGUUGUGAUUGUUACCCCUCUCUAGGUUCUGGUAUUGUCAAAGAACAACAAUGGCUAUGAUGGGAAGUGCAGAGGGAGGGAACAGCAGGCAUUUUUGUAUUCCCAAAUUGGGUCCCAAUCCGGCUUCCGAAGCUCGUGGGGACGAGUUGCUCGGCCCCCCAGUGUUCUUUGGACCAUGGACUUAUUUCCAUACAGGAAAGGAACCAAUUCAUGUUGGCCUUCUUGAGGAGGAAGAGGCAAUGUGUCUGCCCCUUGAGGCAACGCCACCACCUUCUUACUCCUCUCAGGCGAGAGACAAAAUUGAGCUCAUGGAUAACGAGAGGCUGCUAUUCGACUUUCUUCUUCAGGUUACACGCCAUUCUGAUCUCGAUACUGAAAUCCGUAUUGCCGGUGGUUGGGUUCGUGAUAAGUUUCUAGACAGACAGCGUGCUUCUGAUCGUAUUGAGGUUGUUGUGGACAACAUGAAUGGUAGAAAAUUUUGUGAAAAAGUCAAUCUGUUAUUGUCCUUUCGUGGAAUAGGAGUACAGGAAAUUACAGUCAUCCGAAACAAAUCCAAAUCCUUUCGAUCUUCGUCUUUGGAGAGAGCGAGGAUGUUGCUGUUUGACAUGCGCGUUGAUUUUGUGGAGUUGAGAUCGAAGCACUACAUUAUGAGGAGCGGUCUCUUCCUCUCUGCUGGAGGGAAAUAUGAAUUGGAUGCAUCUCUUAGGGAUUUUACCAUUAACAGCUUGUUCUACAACGUCAACACCAAUUCAGUUGAAGAUUUUACUGGAAAAGGUAUGAGAGACCUUAAAUCUGGAAAAAUAAUGACCCCUUUAAAUCCGAAGGCAACAUUUUAUCAUGAUCCCGUUCGAGUUUUUCGAGCUAUACGAUUAGCUACAAGUCUUGGAUUUGAGCUAGAUGAAGAGCUACGAGCUGCCGCGAUUGAUAGUGAUGUGAAAGCUGCUAUCAAUCAUGUAAUGUGGAGGCCAUCUAUUGGUCAUGAAGUUUAUCUUAUGUUUUCAUCGGCCAAGGACAAUCAACAUGUUGAGGCAUUAAGAAUGAUUUGUGGCAUGGGGUUAUUUUGGGAAGUCUUCAAUAUGGAUCCGUCUGAUUUUGGGAUGUCUCCAACCCCUGAUGUAGUUUGUGUUGCUUACAUGGAGGAUGCAUGGAGACUUAUGCAACGAGUUGGACUCUCUACCUUCAAGACUCUUGAGGAAAAGAGGCUUGCUUUGUACGCUGCAUUACUCCUGCCACUGUGUGAUGGGCGAUUCAAGGGCGAAGUUGUCAAUAGGCGAUUCACGGGCCAAGCUGUCAUCAGGUUCUUGUUUCAAAAGUCUCUCAGGCGAAGGUCCAGUGAAAGUGAAAAAGUUGGGAAAUUGAACUGGUACGCUCCCAAAUUCUCUGCCUUGUUUCCCCGGUUCUUGGCCAUUGCUGACCUAAAACCACCUCCAGCUGACUACUCUUGUGAUGGUGGUGAUUUAAGAACUUCUUCGAGCCUUCGAGUAAAGUCUGGUGAGAUUCUGCGUGAAAUUGGAGAUCUUUGGCGUGUUCUACUGUUGCUUUCAACAGUGUUGUACCAAUCCACUGAUGAGGCUACUGCAGCAACGUGUUCUUUGGAGGAACGGCGCCUAAAUAUAUUUCACAAAGUAAAGGGUCUUAUUGAAAAUAUGUGUCUGGAGAAUAUUUGGGAAGAAAAACCGCUGCUCAAUGGAACGGAUCUCAUGGAUAUGUUUUACGUUGUAAGGGGGCCGCAUAUUGGGCGAUUAAAGAGGAAAGUGCUCCAGUUCCAGCUUGCUCAUCCCUUGGCGACUGCUGAAGAUUGUAGGAAUUGGAUGGAGAAUGAAUAUCCACUAUUUUUGAAAACAAGAAGCUCAAAUUAGGGUGUCGUAUUCCGCUUCUUUCCAGUUAGGGAAGGAAACUACCUGUAUAUCGAGAGCUUGCUGGAUUGGAGGAGGAAGUCGGCUGGGACAGAUUUUUUCUAAUCCAUCCCAUGUUGAUAAAGCCUAAAUUGCCAACGUAAAGAUGAGUGAAUACCAAUUGUGGGGACAAAUACACUGCAUGAGCUACUCUAUACAACUCUAGAGACUGAAUCCAGCAAUCCCUGACCUAACUAGCCAUGUACACCUAGCAUGACAAACCCUCUGCCCAAACAAACACUUGAACUAAUUUAACAAACACCAAGGACUGAGCUAGAACAGCUC